AUGAAUUACCCAGCAAUUCCGGAAAGGCUUGAGCAUGGCUGUAAAUUUGUUGGAGGUGAGCUGAAGUCUGCGGGGGCGGCAGAUGAGCUUGAAACUGCGGCUGCGACAGAUGAGCUUGAGAUUGCGGCUGCGGCAGAUGAGCUUGAAACUGCGGCUGCGACAGAUGAGCUUGGGUCUGCGGGUGCGGCAGAUGAGCUUGAAACUGCGGCUGCAACAGAUGAGCUUGAGAUUGCGGCUGCGGCAGAUGAGCUUGGGUCUGCAGGUGCGGCAGAUGGGCUUGAAACUGCGGCUGCGACAGAUGAGCUUGAGAUUGCGGCUGCGGCAGAUGAGCUUGGGUCUGCAGGUGCGGCAGAUGAGCUUGAAACUGCGGCUGCAGCAGAUGAGAGUGGGUCGGCAGAUGAGCUUGAAAGUGAGGUAACCGAAAUAUCCGCGCCGGUAUCGACGAGCAAUUUCGUACCUGUUGUACGGUGA